GUGGAGUCCUAACAGAGAGGAAUGGCAACGAUGUCCAUUGCAUUUGCAGCAUCUCUCUGUCCUUCAAUUCCGACUUCCAGUCUUAGACAUAGCCGUUUUGUUUACAUAAAGCCCCUCCAUUGCACUCCCAUUCAGCAACAGGUUAAUGCAGAUGUAGGUAUUAUCUGUGAACUUUGCAAUGCAAAAGGAUGGUUAGUGUGUGACUUUUGUAAAGGACAAAAGACUAAUAUCAAAGCUGAAAACAAACGUAUCUACCGGCGAUGUCCCUCUUGCAGAGCCGUUGGAUAUGUCUUGUGUUCGAGGUGCAAGGUCUUUAAAUGUGUCACGUUUCCAAAUUUCAACGAUUCUGAGAAUUGAUCAGCAUGCCAAAAUGCCUUGUUCGCCAUGUUCACGCAUGCUUCUUUUUGUCUCCUUCGUCUACAAUGUAACUUUGAGAGGUUUUUAUUCCAUUUACUUGUCAAAAAGUUGAAACAAUAGAUGAUUCACUCUUU